UGGGACCCCUUUGAGUUAUAAUCGCGGCAGAUCUUGAACGUAGCAUCAUUGAGGCUGUUCGAAUCCCUCAGUGGCAGCGCCAGUGGUAAGAAAACCCAAACAAACAUCAAUAGCGUAUCUCUAAAGAAGUUUAUCGUCGCAAACAGGUCCGGUGUGUUCCUGUGCAGAUACCAGCGAACCCUCAGCAAGAAAACAGAACACUGCACCGCUGAAACUUCACCUGUGAGAAAAAAUAAACUCCUUAAAGAAGGGAAGGAAAGACCCGCUUGACUAAUUUUGGACGCAUGCUAUUUUUUUCAGCUGAGACAAAGAAGUAGAUUGAGCUCUCUUUCGGAUUUCCUCUUGGGACAAUUGUGAUUGUUUUUGAUGGACCCUUGUGCAUCAUAUGGCACGAAGACCCUUUUGACUUGGUGGAAGAUUUUUGUUUAGCGUCUAAGCUUGCAUAUCUAUGAAAUCAGAGCUUUAUCCUUUAUCUGCUUCAAUCAGGAAACUGCAGAUAAUUAAAUGGGCAUCUUACAAAUGUGAUAUUAAAACGUAUAAAGAUAAAAACGGCACUAUAAUGCAUCAUCCAGCAGCAUCUCUAUUUCACUAACCAAAACUGAAAAUGACGGCGAUGUAACAUAGGGUUUUACUUCCUUCAUUGUCAUGUGACUUUGAACCUUUGAGCAUUAUUUUCUUCAAACUCAGACAGUCUUUUUCAUCAGUUUAAUGAGGUGAGCAGUGACCUCCAUUGCCAAUAAAAGACUGUCUCUGAACUUUUCUUUUCUGCAUGCGUUUCAGUAGAUCUUAAAAUGAUUCGGUAAAAGGUGAGUCGCCGCAAACACAUACUGGCACGCAGUGUGGCAGGACAUCGCCUGUCUGUCUCCCCUCAUCUGGUGUCAAAGUGGAACUGCUGCACAAACUGCUGUCCAUGUUACAGGGCGGACAACCUUCACAGACUGCUUCCGUACAUUAAUAAUAAGACAACCUGGCUCUUCCUCUCAGACACAUCACCUGUCAAAUCAUUUUUGCCAUUCAGCACAAAGUCCAAUCAGCUUUUGAGUCUUGAUAAUAAGAGCAGGUGGCUCAAAUGAAUUGGUGAAGGAUUCACUCUGCUUGGAAAAAAAAAUACCUGGAUUGGAAACGUUAGCACUCAGAAUUCAUCAGAGACGUGACCUACACAGGAGCUGUUUGGAAAUCUGGUUCAAAGAGGAGAUUCAGUCCGUCAUAGCGCUUCUGCUUUGAAAUCUUCUUCCUGCUCAGCCAGUUCUCUGGAUCGCCAUUCCAGAUCAUUCCUGCGACCUUUUGACCCACCUCCAAGUGUUUCACCCUGGACGAAGGGAUCUGCCUCUGCGUAAAGGGGCUGUGCUGUCCUGGAGGAGGUGGAGAGGAGGUCGUCGGCGCGCUACUCCCCGUCUGUCAGUGCACACACUCUGUGAUCAGUGCCAACAGGCCUGAGGAACCGAGCCCAGCCGGACCGAGAGAGGAGGCAGAGGACUUCAGAGCCACAGACUCUGGGAUCCUGGCCAUGAGGUUUGAUGCCUCGAUCCACUGACCGGAAACACUGGACCUAAAUGGCGCAGCAUGACUUUGUCCCUGCCUGGCUUAACUUCUCCACGCCCCAGCCUGCCAAGUCCCCUGCUGCCAACCUUGAGAAACAAGGUGAGCCCCACCACCACAGAGACGGCCGAACUGCUGUGAGCCGCCGCCGCCACAACUCCUCUGAUGGCUUCUUUAACAACGGCUCGCUGCGUGCUCCAGCAGGUGACGGAUGGCAGCAGCCCUCUCUGCUUCUGAGGCAUGACUCUGUGGACUCUGGGGUGGCCAAAGGAGGGCACGGUGGGCUGGCGGGGGGCUCCUGUUGGAAGGAAACACCCAGCUGGCAUGGAGUGCCGCGGGGUCCCCAGGACGGCCACCACCACCAGGGACGCCACCCCAAGCGGGUAGGAGGCGACAGGGACAGGCAGGCGGGGCACCGGCAGCGCAAUGGCAACUUUCAUCCCCGCAAGGGCACCUCGUACCAGGACAAGUUCCCCAACGAGGAACGCAAAGACGGCAAGGACGACAAGCUGAAAUUUGUGGAAGAGGACUUUCCUUCCCUCAACCCUGAAACAACUGGAAAGCCUGGGACUCAGAUGCGAGCAGUGGCUCCCCAUGCUGGAGUGUGGGAAAACCCCCCGAGUGGCAAACAGAUGGUGUCCAAAAUGCUGGUUAUCAAGAAGGUUUCCAAGGAGGACCCCAGCACAGCCUUCUCUGCGGGGUUUGCCACUGCUGGCGCCUUGCCCACCAACGGCAGCAAAACUCCCAUCGCAGGCUCCAGCGUCUACAAGAACCUGGUCCCAAAGCCUGCCGUGGCCCCCACCAAAAGCACCCAGUGGAAAUCCGGUGGUAGAGAGAUCACUAAGUCUGGCCUCCACAUGCCAGGCCGAGAUUCAGUCUUCACCAGCCCCGUCUCUGCAGCCAAACCCAGCACCCCAGUCAGUGCACCACAGCACAACACCCCGAAAGAGCACCCUUCCAGCACGACUCCUCCCAUAGACAUUGCCCCGUCGAGGCUGAAGCUGAUGCGGCGUGGUCCGGACCGCAAGAGUGAGUUCCUGCGAGCUCUGAAGGACGAGGGCACUGGAGAGCUGACGACAAGCAGCAGCCCGGGAACGUCGGGAGAGGGUGAAAGCAGCACCCCAGAGCCCAAAGCCUACAGCGAGGAAGUCUGCCACGAGAACGGUCUGUCCUACUCCCUCAGUGAUUCAGACACCGAACACCUGUCCAGCUCCCUGGAGGCAGAGCACAGGUUGCUGAAGGCCAUGGGCUGGCAGGAGUAUCCAGAAAAUGAUGACAACUUCCUGCCUCUGACGGAGGAUGAACUGAGAGAGUUUCAGACUAAAACUGAACAGCUGAAGAGGAACGGCAUGCAGAGGAAUGGGGCUCUCCCGAGGGCGCGGGGUGUGACCCUCCACUUCACCCCCUGGAGGAGUGUGGCGGAGGCGAAUGUCGAGGAGGGCUCCGAGUCCGAAACCAGUAGCAGCAGCCAGACCUCUGACGACGACGACUGCAUCAAAUCCUAACGUGGCUUUACGGAACAAAAAAAACAAAAAAAACAACCACCACCAACAACAACAACAACAACAACACAACAACAGCCAACACAACAUCCCAG